UCAUACUGAAGUUGUGCUAAGUGUAGCGACUAAGGAAAAGGGUACAGAAGCCUGCAGAGCACAGACUGCUUUGAAUACAAGAUCCACGUGUGGUGUCACUAAGUCUGAGUCGCAGGUCUUAAUGAGAAGGUUGAUGCCCAGCUUUGCCCUUACCCCUGUCGCUGUCCCCGGAUGCCGCCCCGCUGCGCCCCGGGAUCCUCGCUGGUUGUGGACCCUUGCGGCUGCUGCCGGGUUUGUGCGAAGCAGUUAGGAGAGCAGUGUACCAGAUCGGACGUGUGUGACCCCGAACAGGAUCUGUUCUGUGACUACACCGUCAGCUACUCCUGGAACAGAGGGAUCUGUACCUCGCUUGAAUCUGGAACAUGUGAAUUCAAUGGGGUGCUCUAUAAGGAUGGUGAUGUAUUCCAGCCCAGCUGUAAAUAUCACUGUUGGUGCUCAGAUGGAGGAAUUGGUUGCAUUCCACGCUGUAGUGAAGAUAUCCGCCUACCCGGUCCAGACUGUCCUUAUCCAAAACGUGUGGAGAUCCCAGGAGAAUGCUGUCCUCGAUGGAUAUGUGAGAAGCAGGACAAUGGUAUCUUUGGCGAUGCUUUGGCAGCAUUCAGAUCAGAUGUAUUCGCCAGAAGAUAUCCCUCCCAUGUGCCUUUCAAUUGCCUGGAGCAAAGCAGCGAGUGGUCUGCCUGCUCCAGGAGCUGUGGGAUAGGAGUCUCAACCCGAAUUUCAAACAAAAAUCACCGUUGUAUUUUGGAAACACAGAGCCAGCUAUGUAUAGUGAAGCCAUGCCAACAGGAUCAUGUAAGACAAGCUCACAUGGGAAGGAAUAUUUGCCAGCCGACAACAAGAGCACUUCGACCAAUUCACUUUGAAUACAACAACUGCAUCAGUGUUAAGACUUACAGACCCAUCUACUGUGGUUCAUGCUCUGACAGUCGCUGCUGCACUCCAUACAAAACCAGAACAGAGAGCAUAGAGUUCAAGUGCAAGCAUGGCAGGAUUGUGAAACAGCAGAUGAUGUUUAUCAUCACCUGCGCAUGUCAUUAUAACUGCUCACAUGCUUACAAAUAAUUGGAACCCUCUCACAUAUUGCAGCAGUAAGAGCAGCUUAUUUCUAAACAAGAUUGUACAGUGUAAAAAACAAAGUCACCAUAUUGAAGAUUUAAAGAUGACGCCUGUUUCCAAACAAUUCAAAUGGAAACAUUUGUCUUUGAACUACUCCUGUUUAAUGCACAGUUCAGCUAUUUUAAUAUUGUUUUUAGCUCUAAAUAGCACAUUAUCUUCAUAACAAAAAAGGUUGGUGAACGCUUUAAAUUACUGCAUGUCAAUAAUUAAUUGCUUUGCAGAAAUUAUCUAAAGCAUUUGUUACUAGAGUCUGAGGUCGCAUGUCACACAGCUGUUCUAUUGCAAGAAACAUACACAGAUCAUCACUUAGAGCCUUGCGCCUCAAAAGUCAUUGGCGGUGGUAAAAGUGAGAGCACAAGGUUCAGUAGAGCACAAGGCUGAAGAGAUUGGGGUGGGGCUGGUGGGGGCAGAGAGUUGUGGAUCUGAAGGCGUACCAGGGCCAAUUAUUGUUUAAGAGCUUUGAUGGAGAGGGGAUAUUUGGUCGUGAGGUGGGGCUGUUUGUAGCCAUGGGGCCUUUGGGUGAGUUGGAAGUCUGGGAUCAGUGGGUGGGGGGAGUGUUGGGUUUGGUUUCUGCUGGCAGAUGACGGGAUCGGGGAGGAGAGUAGGUUUGAGACCUUGAUGGCAGGGAUGUAAUCAUCAUGAACUGGAGGGUGGGAUGGACUUACUGUCCCCUCCCACAUCCGCUGUUAAGAAUGUGGGAGGGGACAGUAAGUCUGCCCAAGGAGAGCCAGGUAAGUACAAUACUUAAACAGUACCUCCUGGGGUUGGGUUCCCAGUGCUGGACUGCACAAGCUGGGAGAUGCUUAGGGAGGCCUUCCCUGAGUCACACUGAAGCAGUGCUGAAUGUUACUGUGCAUAUCCGGGCACUUGAAAGUCAGGUGCUUGGCAGAAAAAUCAGGAAGGAAAAUCUCGGACUAUGUGACUCAGAGUAAGGUACCAAGUGUUCCAUUCUGUCUAUUUCUCAUUGGGGUUAAAUUGCGUAGUUGCCAGGCAUGGAUUCAAUAGCAAAAUAUGACAAUGAUAGAAAUUAGAAAUCAAUGAAAAUCCCAGAAAAUGCAGGAAGUAGCAGAUCAAGCAGCAUCUGUGGAGAAAGAAGCAGUUAUCAUUUCAGGACUGUCACAUUUCAUUGGAACUGCUCUGAUGAAGUGUCACUGACCCGAAAUUCUAAAUCUGUUUCCCUCUCCACAGAUGCUCCCUGGUGCGCUGAGUAUUCCCAGCACUUCUUUUUAUGUGAGGUGUGGGUGUUAACAGACAAUCACAGUUAGGCAUUUGGGAGAACAAUGAACCCAUCCCAAAAAUAUAUUUAUUGAACUGUGAGCUCCCUCUGCUGACAAGACUAGAUUGCACCAUUUACAGAGCAGGGUCCAGCAGUAGCAUCGGUCCGAGGAGAAAGUGAAUCUCAGCCAUGGGAUAUGUCACAAUAUAAAGAAGAAAAAACAGCCGCAGCGUUGCCGAAUAUUUGACAAUUUCUUUUGAUGCAAACAAGAGCAAUAAAAUAUUUUGUUAUAUCUUUAGUUAAAUGUAAUGUCACAUAUAUUACCAAUCAGAGAAUGUAUAUUCUAAAGCCUUUUGCUUGAAAAAUGUAUUGUAAAUGUAAAUUUCUGUAUAUGUCAG